AUGGCUGUGGAUGCGCGAGCUGAGAUUGACGAGCAGCUAAAGACUUAUGGGCAAACUGUGUACUUCGUGAGCUUCAGAAAAGGUCCUCAAGAACCAAAGGUAAGUUGCAUUUUCAAUCCGCUUUGCUUUAUUUUUUUUGGCUACCUUAGUUUAGAUACCUCUGUAAUAAGUCUGUUAUUUUUUGCAGGAAAAAUAUGACUCGUACCAGGAAUUUUUGACCAAGUCGAUGGAGAGAAUGAAGAUUCUCGAUAAAUUCUCUGAAAAUUUAUGCAAAGAAGCGCUGGAGCGACGAAGAGUAGCGAGAAAACUUGUUGUAGACGAGGAUUUGGACUCGCCACACCCGGAAAAGCUGUUUUCCAAGAAGAAUAAGCCAGUGAUUCCAAGAUCAAAGUGAGUUUUAUGUUCCUUACUUUCUGUUUUGUCUUUAGAUUACACGCUUGUCUUAAAUUUAGGUGGAUGAUAUGAGGAAUUAUCGAUUUUACUUUAGAUUGUAUCAAGAAAUGCGAGUAAAUUGUCUGAACAAGCCCUGCUCCGCGAAGAUGGCUCAAGAACAACUGCGAAUCCGACGAUUGCUGGCCAGCACCUACAAUUCCUUUGCGGUAUAUGUUCUUCCGCCUCUUAUUGUUCUCUGUUUAGAAAAAGCGGGGGUUUGACUUCACCAAGCGGAAGCCGGAGGGCACCUUUCCAAUCCUCUCGCGACGUCAGAUACGCACGCGGAAUUGA